UCCAAGUUCUGAAGAAGAGCGAAGGUGGUGUUAGCUAAGUCAAAGAGUAUGUUCUAUAAGUGACCUACUAGUGCUUAGUAUCCAAUUAUAUUUUGAUGACUGAUUGAUUGACUGUAAAUUUGACCAAAGGUUAGUCCUGAGUCCCUGCAGAAGGUGUGAAAAUGCCGGCUGGUGUGUCCUGGCCUCGAUAUCUGCAGAUGUUUGGGGCCAGUAUGAUGGCCAUGUUUGUAGGAGCAGAAUGUGUCCACCAGUACUACAGGCCUGAUUUGAGUAUUCCUGAAAUCCCACCCAAGCCUGGAGAGUUGAAGACAGAACUGCUGGGAUUGAAAGCUAGAGAAGAGACAGUUUUGCAAAGUUUCAAACCUGAAUCUGGAAAUUGAGACAAUCAGCUCAGUGAGGAACGUUGGAUUCAGUGGACUAUAGACCUCUUGUUUAUCAACGUGUGGUGGAGCCCUAUCAGGGCUUUUUUCCAUAUCAGCCUGGCAUACAGCUGCAAAGGACAUUAUGGGAUUGUUAAAAGACCUGCUGUAACACCAUGGUGCUGGAUUUAUGUUGCUGGAGUGACACUCAGCAGUCAAGCCUCUAUCAAGAAGUCUUUGGAAACAAAAGUACAAAAAUAAAUUAUUAAUAUUCUGUACUUUGUAUGUUUGGUGGAUGUUUCAAUGCAUUCAUUUGUGACACAGAAGCCUGCAAUAGAUUGAUGUAAAGCAAUAUACCUAACACUGAAGUACAUUCUACAAUUGUUUAUUGCCGACUGCAAGGGCAAUACUUUGUAGCUAGCACAUUAAUUUAGAACAGUGAACCGACAGUUUCACUGGAACGACCUAAUAGGUGUCCAUUAGCCAAUCAGAAUCGAUUAUACGCCCAGACAAUACUGAUCAACACGAGAACUACUUCUUGUAUUCAACAAACCAGAUUAAGCCGCAGUGUCUCCUAGCAACCAUUGGACAACCAAAUAGGACCAGUCAAAACAAAUAUGGCGACAACACGGGAGCAAGAAGCUGCUAAUUAUCUUAAAAAGCAUAAAAUUAUUGAACUUAUGGAUAAUUUAACAAGCAUGCUCUUCUUUUACAGACCAGAGAGGCCACAAGAAUUUCUGAUAGCUCAACUUGAACAGCUGCAAGUGUCCAAAAUGAGGUCUCUUGAAUGCCCAAGUUUGUUCAAUGACUCUAAUUUGGAUGCAGUGUUUGGAAUUAUGGACCCUACUAAGCAAGGAUACAUCACUUUUGUUCAAUACAAGGAGGCAUUGACAACUCUGGGAAUACAAAACGUAAAUGAGUGUCCUGAAGGAAUGGUCAAAAACAAGAUCUCUCACGAUACAUUUAAGAGGGAGGCGAAAGAAGGACUGCAGCGAAGCUGUGCAACAUUUCUAUCAUAAUAUUUAGCCUACAUUGUUUUUAGUCUCAUACUGAAACACAGGAGACGUAUUCAUUGUUUAAUAUUUAGAGCUCAAGGACAGUUAUGCUGUUACAUUGGUAAUUAAACUUCUUGGUUAAUAUGAUGAUGUAGUAUAUAGAAAGUAUGUUGUUAAGCUACUGUACAUCAGUCUGUCUGUGAACACCAUCCAAAUAAAGGUUAAACUAAAUCACCAUAUACAUGUAUCUUAACUGGAGAAGAUGCAUUUUCACAAUCAAAGUUUAUAUAAAAUAAAGGUUCUGAAUUAAAUCUUUAAUUGUUGUCACCG